AAUGGAAGUAAAUCGCAACAAAAACAGUAAAUAAAUAAAUAAAUAAACAAAGAUUUAUAGUUUAUUCUAUCUAGAUAUGAAAAAGAACUAAAAUUAAACGAAUGGUAUACUGUUCGCAAAGAUGCUGCAUUUGGUGCUUUUUUUGGUUGGUUAUUUUUUGUAAAUUUUCUAGUUUAUUCAAUUGGGUUCACUUUUGGUUCUAUUCUUAUGUCUUAUGGAAAUCAUCGCACACUGACUAUUAGUGAUAUUCUUGUUGUUGUAAAUAUGUUUGCACAAGCUUUAGGUUUUCUUAAUGGAAUUGGUCCUUUUUUCCAAUCAAUUUCGGAAGCUCAAGGUGCAGCAAUAUCUGUAUUUCGACUUAUCGAUGAGGCACAUGAUGAAAAUAUCAAUGAAACAGAAAUAUUGCAAGAAAACAUAUCUGAUGACAGAUCGAUUUCUAAUAUUAAUGGUGAUAUUCUAUUUGACAAUGUUACUUUUUCUUAUCCAUCGAGAGAAAAUGCAACAGCUUUGAAUAAUCUUAAAUUCAUUGCUCGUGCUAAUCAAACAACUGCUCUUGUAGGUUCAAGUGGUUGUGGAAAAAGUACAUGUGUAUCACUUCUUCUUCGUUACUACGAACCUUCCUCAGGCAGAAUCAUGAUCGAUGGUCAACCAAUUACAGAUUAUAAAAUCAAACAAUUUAGACAUAAUAUUAGAGUCGUUAGUCAAGAACCUAAAUAUGAAACACUUGUUGGUGAACGUGGUAUACAAUUGAGUGGUGGUGAAAAACAACGUAUUGCAUUAGCUCGUGCACUUGUCAAACAACCCACCAUUCUUUUGUUAGACGAAGCAACAAGUGCACUUGAUAAUGUUAGUGAAAGAAUUGUUCAAGA